UGGCACGCCCGGUGAUUGGUGUGCUGUUGUUGCUGUAGCAGCUUGUGUCUGUGCUUUGGGGGAGGAGGGCGCUAUAAAAGCCCGCUCCCCCAUUCUCAGACCUUCAUUCUGUUGGAAGAAAGGCAGUAGGGAGGCUUGUCGUGGCACCGAGGGCCCCCCCCGCCAGCCGUCUUUAUUUACCAACAACAGGAGUCUAUUUCCCAACACUGUACCGUCCUAGCACAAGGACUCUGAAAACACUUCCUCUACCUCGACUGAUAAAUGCCAAGAGAAACAACACAAGCGCGACUAGAUAAGGAUCUCUGUUCACAAGUGGAGAAAAAGACCAGCAGUCGGACAAACACAUUGUGGGGAAAACACCAAAAGCGCACGGAUCGUCGCCGUUGCCUUUCUCAAUGCAUACCCUUUGUGCCCGUGGAACGAUGAAACCAGAGAUAAACGCCGCCGUCGGAUUUCUGUCGAGAUUUCUGAGGGUGAAAGGACACGUAAACGAUCGACAGGUCCAAACGUUCAGCCAAAGCUUACAGGACAUCUUGGCUGAGCAAUAUAAGCACCACUGGUUCCCAGACAGGCCCUGCAAGGGUUCAGGUUAUCGCUGCAUCCGUAUCAACCACAAGAUGGACCCACUGGUGGGGCAGGCAGGCCAGCGUAUUGGUCUGACCAUCCAGCAACUCUACCUGCUGCUGCCCAAGGAGCUCACACUCUGGGUGGACCCCUUCGAGGUGUCCUAUCGCAUUGGCGAGGACGGCUCCAUCUGCGUCCUCUACGAGUCGCAGCCCGGCCCAGUAGUAAUGCCUACAACCGCCUCUGCCAGCUCCUCCUCAGGAAACACCGGGUCGGUGAGCCCUAUGGUGGACAGUCACAUCAGCUGCAAGGAGGAACUGAUGGUGCUGGCCAGAACCAGUCCCUCCAAAGCCUACAACAUGAUGACUGUGUCCAGUUAAAAAGGCACAUCUUCAGCCCGACCUACUUUUGUUCAGGGUCAUGCCAUGGCUGGUCAGAUCAUUUGGCCAGAUCAGAGUGAGCCUUUUUAAAGCUAAGUAUAUGAAAUGAAAUAGUCACAGAAGAAAAAGCAAAAGAAAAAACAAAGGAUGUGGCCUGUUGUCCAGGUGAUGGAAACACUGUUCUGAUAUUUUUACCCUUUCUCCUCAUUGUCAUCUGUUCUGUUGUGUCAUUGGAUCAGCUGGGCACUCCUGUUUUUUUAGGAGAGGCCUUGUGGAAAAAGAACUGUUGGGGCAGCUAAACCAACCAACCAACCAAGAGAGACGUGCUUGCCCUCCAACCCCCACUCC